AUGCGUGAAAAUAAACAUGCCAAUAUUGUUAACUACCUCGAUUCCUAUCUAGUAGGAGAAGAACUUUGGGUAGUGAUGGAAUAUUUGGCUGGCGGUUCUCUUACCGACGUUGUUACGGAAUGCCAAAUGGAGGAAGGAAUGAUCGCGGCUGUCUGUAGAGAGGUUCUCCAAGCGUUAGAGUUUUUGCACAGUCGACAUGUCAUUCAUAGAGAUAUCAAAUCGGACAAUAUUCUGCUUGGAAUGGAUGGUUCAGUAAAAUUGACCGACUUUGGAUUUUGUGCACAAAUCUCUCCAGAGCAAAAUAAGCGGACUACAAUGGUCGGAACUCCAUAUUGGAUGUCACCCGAAGUGGUUACUCGGAAACAAUACGGCCCAAAAGUGGACGUAUGGUCACUGGGUAUCAUGGCGAUUGAGAUGGUUGAAGGAGAACCACCGUAUUUGAAUGAAAAUCCUUUGAGGGCGAUUUACCUCAUUGCAACAAAUGGCAAACCGGAUUUCCCUGGAAGGGAUCAGUUAUCUGCCUCAUUCAAGGAUUUCAUCGACUGUGCACUGGAAGUUGUUGUAGAUAAUCGUUGGUCAGCGAGUCAGUUGCUCACACAUCCGUUCCUACGGUGUGCAAAGCCGUUGGCAUCCCUGUACUACCUCAUCGUUGCCGCCAAGAAAAGUAUUGCCGCGAGUUCGUAG